UCCAGCAUGCGUUCGGGCCUGAGCGCACAGGCAUCUUGUUCCUGUCGGAUUUAGCUCCAUCUAACCUGACUUGGAAAUAUGACCUCUUCGAGCCCCGAUCAGCGCCUGGAGCAUCUGCUGAGCGCCGUGGAGAGCGAGUUCCAGAAGGGCAGCGAGAAAGGAGACGUCACGGAGAGGGAUAUUAAGCUAACGCUGGAUGAUGCAGAGCUGUGGAACAAGUUCAAAGAGUUAACCAACGAGAUGAUCGUCACCAAGACUGGGAGGAGGAUGUUCCCAGUCCUCCGGGUCAGCGUCUCUGGCCUAGACCCGAACGCCAUGUACUCGGUGCUGUUGGACUUCGUGGCAGCGGACAACAACCGCUGGAAAUACGUGAACGGCGAGUGGGUCCCCGGCGGUAAGCCGGAGCCGCAGAGCCCCAGCUGCGUCUACAUCCACCCGGACUCCCCCAACUUCGGGGCGCACUGGAUGAAGGCGCCCGUCUCCUUCAGCAAAGUCAAGCUCUCCAACAAGCUGAACGGUGGAGGACAGAUCAUGCUGAACUCUCUGCACAAAUACGAGCCGAGGAUCCACAUCGUGAAGGUCGGAGGCAUUCAGAAGAUGAUCAGCAGUCAGUCGUUCCCCGAAACCCAGUUUAUUGCUGUUACAGCUUACCAGAACGAAGAGAUCACUGCUCUAAAGAUCAAACACAAUCCUUUUGCCAAAGCUUUUCUGGAUGCCAAAGAAAGGAGUGACCAUAAAGAAGUGUCAGACCACAGUACAGACAGCCAACAGUCCGGCUAUUCUCAACUUGGAGGUUGGUUCCUCCCAGGCCAGAGUCCCAUCUGCCCCAACAGCAGCCCCCCUCAGUUCAGUGGGACAGCGAGCCACCCGUCUGGCUCUUACUGCGAGCGCUACUCCAGCCUGAGGAGCCACAGAGCAGCUCCGUACCCUAGCCACUACCCCCACCGCAGUUCGAGCACAAACAACUACAUGGACAACAACUCAGGGACUCUACCGACUCAUGACAGCUGGUCGGCCCUUCAGAUCCCCAACUCCACAGGGAUGGGCACUCUUUCUCAUACCACCAACUCCACAUCUAAUUCUGGUCAGUAUCCCAGCCUCUGGUCGGUAGCUGGGACCACGCUCACCCCUUCGGGCUCUUCCUCAACCUCCGUACCCGGAGGUCUGACCUCCCAGUUCCUGAGGGGCUCCUCCUACACAGGCCUGACCUCCUCCCUACCGGUCUCCCCGCCGUCCUCAAUGUACGAGCCCAGCUUGAGCGAGGUUGGAGUUGGGGAUGCUCAGUUCGAGAGCUCCAUUGCCAGGCUCACAGCGACCUGGGCGCCUGUAGCUCAGAGCUACUGAGGCUGCACCGAGGCUUCCUGCAUGGCCAUGAGGACACGCAGAGCUGUGGUACAGACUAAGAUACGGGAAUGUCCUGUUGGGAUGCUUGGGAAAAGGCUUAGGUCAUUUAUUCCAGGUUCUUGAAAAAGACACUGAAGUUCAAAGUUUUACAAUAUAUUUAAAUAGACUAAUUUGAUACUCAGUGCAAUGAGUACAAUAAUCUGUUUCUUAACAACCAAUAAAGACGUCGGUAAUUAGGCAUUACUGAAAAGUGCAAUCUGCUGCCUAAUGCCAAGGGAGUCACUGCUAACUUUGAAAAGGAACCAACUACUUUAAUAUGUAGACAGAUCUGCGCUUUGAGUAUUGAAUGCUAACUUGCUCUUAGUCAGCUUCAAAUUGAUUUUCCACUAUGUUCAUUGACAUUUUUUAAAAUCUUUAACCCUAAAAGAGAAAAGAAGGCUCCGCUAACAUGAAUAUGUACAUGUGUGUAUAUAGAGAAAAUUAAUGUUUGUUUUUUCCAUUUAAAUGUGCCUUUUAUGAAGGUUUCCAAAGUGCCUUGAUUCCUGGCAGGCUUUUAAUGGAUUAAAAAAAGUCCCCUGCCCAUGCCAUGUACAUAAGCUAUCUAUUUCUACUUGAACUUGCUGCACGUUUUAUUUAUGUCAUUUAAUAAUAAAUUAAAAAUAUCUGCUUUCUCAAAUGUGUUUCACCUGGUCUGUUUCUGUCUUAAAGACAAUUAUUUGAAUUGAAUCGACAAAAAUGCAGUAAUUCUCACAGUGUACACACCCUGGUAAAAGGGCAGGUUUUUGUGAAAAUGAGACCUUGAUGAAUAAAUUCAACAUUUCUUUCA